AUGGCGCUGGCGGUGCGGCGCCGUGCGGUGUGCGCCCUGGCGCUCCUCGCGCUGCUCUGCGGCUCCGUCUGCGGGGCGGGAACUGAGGAGUCUCAGAAAACCGGGGAUGUGAAUGUGUCGGUGGAGGUGUCGUGCCCGGACACUAACGGCAUGUUGAGUUGGCGCGUUGCCGGCGAGAAAUCUUCCACUUGGAGGGAGUGUCCUCAGGCAGUGAAGGAUUUUGGGAGCAGUGGAGGCGCUGCUGGCAGCAAUUCUCUCUGCAUCUUUGCCUGUUCGAUGUACCUGGAGAAGUUCACGACGGGGGGCUGCUCACCAUCCACCACAGAUGGAGACACGAAUAAAGUUGUUGCGUUCACGAUGAACUGUACGGCGGCCGAAAGCAGUGCGCUGCACAAUCUGUCGAGGAGCGAAGAUGGCAACGUCUCCAUCAAUCCAACGGAGGAUCCACUUGGCGGGUCUGGCGGUUGCGAGUUCUCAACCUUCGGUCAACCCGCGGCUGAAGUGCGGUCUGAACCCCAACAAACUCCAGGACAACAGCAACCAACAGAUGCAGCAGCAGCGUCAUCUGCAGCGCAAACUCAUGACGGAGCCCGUGCGGGGAAUGGGGGCUCCACUGCUACUGUUGGGGGGCAGCCAGGCGGUGCGGAGGGAGGCGGAAGUCGGGGGCCAUCGGCAGAGGGUCCUCGGGAAGUUACAACUCCAUCGGUUGACACUGCGGCUUCGCCAACACAGACGGCAGGCGACAGGGCAGCAGAUGGAACGACGACGACGACCACCCGCAGUCCGAGUGCUGGGAGCCACGCGGACAUCAGUGUCGCCAUCGCCACUGCGUGGGUGCGUGCCCCACUGCUGCUGCUGAUCACGGCCGUCUUUGCUUGUGCCGGUGGGUAA